CUGACGCACAGAAAAAAAUUCAGCAAGGCGACAAGUGAAACAAGAAAGUCGGAGACGCGACAAGAAAAAGAAGAAGAAGAAGAAGUCUUCAAGAAAAAGUAGACGAGCACAAGGACAUGACAGGAACUAAACGCCAAGAAGUCAACUUCCUUCUUUCCUUCCUUGUGAGUCUUGUGCAGCUGUCAAUCAAACAGAAUCCUUUACCCAGGUGUGUUUGGGCCACGCCCCCCGGAUGGAUGCGAAGCACUUAACAUGAAAUGACAUCACCGCCUCGUCUGGCUCACUUACUGACGAGCUCAAAUAGCAUCAACAGGCUGUGAUGUCAUCGUCGAACCACCACGACCAAGUCUGUCGGUCUGCGUCGCGACAGACUCCCCCAGAGACCUCCCACAGUACUCUAGAGACACAAAAGACCAAUCAUACUCCGGCAGAGGCACCCCAGACUCCACCAGACAGUCUCCAUAGUCCUCCGUACAUACAAGAGACCCACCAGAAUCCUACAAAAACCCAGCACAGUUCUGCAGGGACCUAUCAGAGUCCUUCAGAUGACAACCAGAGUCCUGCAAAGACCAGAGAAAUUCAGCAUAGUACUGGAGAAAGAACUCCACCAUCUUCUUAAACAUCAUCCAGAUUAUCAAACCGUAAACCAGAAAAGCAAAGGUUUCCCACCAAAACGAGGCCAAGAAAAUGAUUCACAUCCGUGCUCACAAUCUUUUUGUCCGGGAACUGGACUUGAAACUGACUCACCUUUUGUAGAACAGGUAAUGAACCAGGACGAAGACCACCAACACCAGAAGGCUACAAUGAGGCUAACUUCAACCACACCUCAGGCUCCUCGCCCUGCUCACCUAGACCCUCAUCAGACACCUAAUUCUGCUCACCUGGACCCCCACCAGGCUCCUCUGCCUGCUCACCUGGACUCCCAUCAGACUCCUACCCCUGCUAACCUGCAUCCCCAGCUUCCUGCUCACCUGGACUCCCAUCAUUCUCCACUCCAUGCUCACCUAGACCCCUAUCAGACUCCUACCUCUGCUCACCUGGUCCCCCAUCAGGCCCCUAACUCUGCCCACCUGGAACCCCAGCUUCCUGCUCACUCGGACUUCCAUCCAGCACCUACCCCUGCUAACCUGGAUCCCCAGCUUCCUGCUCACCGGGACUCCCAUCAGGUUCCACUCCCUGCUCACUUAGACCCCCAUCAGACUACUCCCUCUGCUCAGGUGAUGAACCAGGACAAAGACCACCAGAGUCACCAGAAGACUACAAUGAGACUCACUUCAACCACACCUCAGGCUCCUUUCCCUGCUCACCUAGACCCUCAUCAGACACCUAAUUCUGCUCACCUGGACGGCUAUCAGGCUCCUAACUCUGCCCACCUAGACCCCCAGCUUCCUGCUCACCUGGACUCUUAUCAGGCACCUCUUCCUGCUCACCUAGAAAGCCAUCAGACUCCUCUACCUCCUCACCUGGAUGGGCAUCAGACUCCUCCACCUGCUCACCUGCCUUCCCAUCAGACCGCUACCCCUGCUCGCCUGGAUCCCCAGCUUCCUGCUCACCUGGAUCACCAUCAAACUCCUAUCGCUGCUCACCUGGAUUGCCUUCAGACUGCUUCUGUUCACCUGGACCCACAUCUUCAUGUUCCUCUGAACACCCAUCAGACUCCUCUUUCUGCUCACCUAGUCAUCCAUCAAGCUCCUCCCCCUGCUCACCUGGACCCCUAUCAGACUCCUCCCCCUGCUCACCUGGAUCCCCAGCUUCCUGCUCACCUGGACCCACAUCAGACUCCUCCUUUUGUCCACCUGAACUCCCAUCAGACGCUUCUUUUUGCUCAGCUGGACCCCCAUCAGUCUCCUACACCUGCUCACCUGGACUUCCAUCAAGCUCCGUCCACUGCUCAUCUGGACCCCGUUCAGACUCAUUCAUCUGUUCACCUAGACACUCAUCAGAUUCCUCCGUCUACUUACAUGGACCCCCAUCAGACUCCUACCACUGCUCACCUGGAUCACCAGCAUCCUACUCACCGAAACUCCCAUCAGGCUUCUCCUCCUCCUCACCUGGACCUCCAUCAGACUCCUUCCCCUGAUUACCUGGGCCCCCUUCGGUCGCCUCCGGCAGCUCAUCUGGACCCCUGUCAGACAAGUGCACCUGUUCACCUUGACCGCGAUCAGGCACCUCCACCUGCUCACCUGGACCCACAUCAGACUCCUCUUUCUGUUCAUUUGGAGGGCCAGGACACCUGCAACUUUCUGGGUAGUUCAGGUGAGCCCAAACUUUGCGGCUUUCUGGAGAAGCAGGGCGGCCCUCUACGGGCCUGGAAGCGGCGCUGGUUCACCUACGAGGAGAAGCAGAACCAGAUGUACUACUACCGCACCCCACAGGAUGUGACUCCGCUGGGCCGGGUGGACCUCACCUCCGCCACCUUCUCCUACCUACUCAAGGGCGAGAUGGGCACCUUCCACAUUGAGACCCCCGGGCGUAUCUACACCCUAAAAGCGGUGACUCAGGACCUGAUGCUUUAUUGGUUGCAGCAGCUGCAGCUCAAACGCUGGCAUCACCAACAGAACCAAAAGACGAGUGCCUUCCCCAACGCCGCUGACAACAUUGCAGACAACUUCCUGCCGCUGUUGAAGAGUCCCGCGGGGCUGGUGGGGGAGGAGGCCGCCAACGAGGCGCCUCAAAGGACGUCGCUCGGCAACGUGUCCAUCAAACAUCCGUUCAUCCAGAUCCAGAACACAGUCCACAGUCUUCGUAAGAGGUCAUCUCAGGAGUGGGCGCAAAGUGUCUUCCACGUGCAAGUUCCAGCCGGAGUCCAAGUGGACACCAAUGCCGGCGGCCCCACCUCCAUGACGGCGCCUCCUGCUGGGCCGGUCGGACGAGCUGCGGUGGGCGGUGCGAGACGCGCUCCGCCGGACACUCAGCGGAGGAAGAAGAAUUUGAUCUCCUCGAGCGGGACGAUGGCCGCGUCCUCGCAGUCUAUGUCCCGCCUCCAGCGUGACAACGAGAUGCUGAUGGAGGAAGUUAAAGCUCAGAAGGAGCUCGUGUGGCUGCUCCACAAAACCUUGGAGGUGGCCCAGCGGGAAAAGCAAACAUGCGCUGACUUCGUGGCGCCAGAAGGCGAACGGCAACGAUUGGAACUGCUGCGGUACCGCGAACGCCAAGGGGCCGACCUGCUCGGACAGUCGGAACGAGCGCAGGCGCGGGCGGAAGUGGCCGGGCGUGAUUUGGACCAGAGGGACCUGCAGGUGGCGCAACUGCGUGAGCGGGUCAGGGAGCUGACAGAAAAAAACCACGCCGAGCGGGAGGUGAUCCUCAAGCUGUCUGAUCACAUCGCUGCAUGCGUGUCCAGCCCGCCAAGUUCCGCCUCAUCCAUUCCAGACUCGCUCAGACAACUGCAGCAGCGUGUCGAGGACCUGAGGGAUGACAUCGAAGCUUACAAGACGCAGAACAAGUUUCUGAACUCUGAGAUCUUCCAGCUGACUAAACUGUGGAGGAAGAGCUCGGAGCAGGAGCGCAGUCUGAUGGUCAAGUGCGCUUACCUGGAGGCAUGGCACUGCCAGGCCGAGAGUCGCUACCUCGGAGUCCUGCGGAAGCUGCAGGAGAACAGAAGUCUGGAUCCAGACCAGCGGUGGACUAUUCAAAAGAUGGUAGAGGAUGCUCUGCAGGGGCAGGCAAAGAACGUCAAAGCCACCACAAGCAGCCUUCACGACGAGUAUGGCUUCAAGAUCAUUCCCGACUACGAGGUGGAAGAUGUGAAGCUUCUGGCCAAGAUCCAAGCGCUGGAGAUCCGCUCGCACAACCUCCUCCAACAGGAUGGUCGAGAGCGCCCCCUGUUGAGUCGCUGGGCUCAGUACCUCGCCGGCAGGUCAGAUGACGACUUUUGCCAUUCGCCGGAACUCAAAGGCCUGCUGCGGGCCGGCGUACCUCAAGAGUACCGGCAGAGCGUCUGGCGCUCCCUAGUCCAGGCAAAGACCAGGACCGCCAGAGCGCGCCACCCGCAGCGAUACCAGCAGUUGUGUGACAAGAGUCGCACGUGUCCUCAUCCCGCCUCCAGACAGAUCCAAUUGGACCUUCACCGAACUCUAACCAGCAACCGCAAUUUCUCCUCGCCGUCCAGCCCCGCCCACCAGCAGCUGCAGCGCAUUCUAUUGGCCUUCUCCUGGCAGAACCCCUCCAUUGGCUACUGCCAGGGACUCAACAGGUUGGCGGCCAUUGCUCUUGUGGUUCUCCAAAGUGAAGAGGACGCGUUUUGGUGCGUGGCGGCCGUGGUUGAUGCCAUCAUGCCUCAGGACUACUACACCAAGAACCUGCUGGCUGCGCAGGCGGACCAGUACGUUCUGAAGGACUUUCUAAUAGAGAAGCUUCCUCGGCUGGCGGCGCACUUUGACCUUUACGGAAUCGACGUGUCUCUGGUUACCUUUAAUUGGUUCCUGGUGGUUUUUGUGGAGAGUCUGCCCAGCGACAUCUUGCUGCCUCUGUGGGACGCCUUUUUGUAUGAGGGCACCAAGGUGAUGUUCAGGUACGCAUUGGCUUUGUUCAAAUACAAAGAAGAUGACAUCCUGAAGAUCCGUGGCAGCGUUGACAUCUACCAAUACCUACGUUUCUUCACCAAGACCAUCACCGACACCAGGAAGUUGAUGAGAAUGGCCUUCGUCGACAUGAACCCGUUUCCCGGCCGCCUCCUUAGAAACCGGCGAGCGCUUCAUCUGGAGCGCCUGCUGGGGGAGCUGCGAGAACUGGAGGAGCAGCAGAAGGUGUUUGCAGCGCUCAGCGGCGACUGCUCGCAACGGCGCCCCGACAACCCGAUGAACAACGAGGCCAGCGAAGACGAGGAGGAGACGAGCUGAAUUCCGUCGCUGGAAUCUCUGCCGGACGUCCGCCACUUUCCGCCGAUUUCACCAAAAACAUUUCGAUUCAAGGAUUCCUUUGUUUUUUUUUUUGUUUUUUUUUUUUUAAAAGUAAAAAGCGAAUGGUAUCAAUCAAGGUUUGCAACUCAAAGACACAACAACUACGACAUCUACCGUAACGUCAAUUGUCACCACUGUAUAAAACCGCCAAAGACAGGUAAACUGUUGCAAAUCCCCAAUGUGGGACUAAUAAAGGUUAUCUAAUGUAAUCUACAUUGACUUCAGUUUAGCUCACCGAUAGCUGGUCAAACUUGAACUAAACUUCAUGUCGGUUCAUCGUUUCAUUUAGAAGACAAAGUCUA